AUGAGUUGGAUGGAUUCGUGGUCGCGCCCCUCAAAACAUUCCGCUGUUCCCCCACCUCUCUACUUGACGGCUGGAGAAAGUGUCCCUUACUGUCUAACAUGUGGUCGAGUCAUGAGCACCAAAAAGGCCAGCAAAAAAUCCAACAAUGAGGUCAAAUACUGUUCAGACAGGUGUCGGAACCGAAAGCCGGGGAAACUAGAUAGAAAGAUCGAGCAAGCCAUUGUUUCACUGUUGGACCAGGAGAAAGACUCGGGUCUGGAGAAGACUGGUGCAAAGGAUCGAUUUGUGAAAGGAGACCAUCGAAUUAUUGUUACCUGUGAUGAAAUUGAAGAGAUUGUAUUUGGGAGUCGAUUUGACCCCGAGAAAGUUUAUGGGAGGAGGAAAAAUCGCAGAAGUCGAGCAAUCGGAGGAUCGAAUGUUGAUGCAGAAUGGAAAACUGUUGAUAUGGAAAGUAGUGAGGACUCCGCUAGCGAUGAUGCACUUCAUGAGCCUGUGAAUACAAGAACUGGGCCAAUGAUACGCCCACCACAGACUGAAUCGGAUAUCAAUUUCAGUGUUGGGGGCGAGAGGGGUAAAGCUGAGAGAACGGAGGAGUCGGCUUCGGACUUACAGAAGAAGGUUGAUGGCCAAAAACAAGCGGAAGAAAGAGAGAUGGUUCGGAGGGCAGCUAGGAGAGCUGUUGUCUUUGGCUUUAUCGUUGAACAGCCUCCCGAAACUAGUCCAUCUCAAGCCUCUAAGGGCUCAAGGCACAAAAAGACGGCAAGCUGGGAGGAGAAUGUUGCAAAAGAGCCAAUCAGGCGCAAAUGCGAGGCUUUGAUGCAAGGCUCAGUAGUUGAGCCAAGUUACGCCAAGGGGAAUUGGUCUAUAAGAUGGCGGGAAUAG